CACUCUGCUCAUUCUCAAUAUCCACACCAGGCCAUCACUUAUCUCAACACAAGCUUCAGGACAUGGCAACCUCGUCUCCGCAAGAACCACAAGCCAAAAGGCUAGAUGGCAAGGUAGCACUUAUAACCGGCGGCGCUAGCGGCAUAGGAGCGGCAACGGCCAAGCUAUUCGUCCAACAUGGUGCUAAGGUUACAAUUGCAGACAUCCAAGACUCCCUCGGCGUCUCCUUGGUUGGGGAACUGGGUCCCGAAAACGCCACGUUUCUGUAUUGCAACGUGGCCGUUGAGGUUGACGUCCAACGCGCGGUGGACGCGACGGUCGAAAAGUACGGUAAGCUCGACGUGGUCUUCAGCAACGCCGGCGUGAUGGGGAAGCCAAUUUCCAGCAUCUCGGAGGUAGACUACGGUGUUAUCAAGGACGUGUUUGAUGUGAACGUCUUCGGUGCAUUCUUCACGGCAAAACACGCCGCCAGGGUCAUGAUUCCGGCCAAGGCCGGCAGCAUUAUAUUCACGGCCAGCGCCGCCACGGCCGUGUACGGCGACGUUUCGCACAUCUACGCGACAUCGAAGAAUGCGGUUUUGGGUCUGUCCAAGAACUUGGGAGUCGAGCUGGGGCAACAUGGGAUACGAGUUAACGUUGUUUCUCCCUAUACUCUCAGUACCCCUUUGGCGUUGAAAACUCUGGGGAUUUCGGAAAAGGAAAAGGAAAAGGCGGAUGCGUUGUUUUCUGAAGCGGGGAAUCUCAAGGGAGCUUUGUUGGAGGAAGAAGAUGUGGCAAAGGCGACAUUGUAUUUAGCCAGCGAUGAUUCUAAGUAUGUGAGCGGCUUGAAUCUCAUCGUUGAUGGAGGUUAUAGCACCACCAAUGUCUCGUUAACAGAGACUUACAAGAAAUUGUUCAUAUGAAAUAAGAGAAUUGUGCA